UUACUGCAGUAUCCUAGUCUUUCUUCUUUCUUCUUCACUAGUACUUAAUUGUGAAGAAGCCAGAUAUGUCUGCUGCAGCUGGUUCUUCAGUACUAUUAUUGUUCAUAAUAGUGAGUACUAGUGUGUAUGUUAAUGUUGUAUACAUGGCAGCGGGAGGAGCUUCAGUGAAUAUUCCGGCCAAUGAAACUGUUCCGGCGGUAAUCGCGUUCGGGGAUUCGAUUGUGGAUUCAGGGAACAACAACUUUCUUGAAACUGUAAUCAAAUGUAAUUUCCCUCCUUAUGGUAAGGAUUUCAAGGGAGGACUUCCUACUGGAAGGUUUUGUGAUGGAAGAGUCCCUUCUGACUUGAUUGCCGAAGAACUUGGAAUCAAAGAAACGGUGCCAGCAUAUUUAGAUCCAACGUUGAAACCUCAAGAUCUUAUCACAGGAGUCUCAUUUGCUUCAGGAGGCUCAGGAUACGAUCCUCUCACACCCAAAUUGGUAUCAGUGAUAUCACUAUCAGAUCAAAUUGGUUACUUCAAAGAUUACAUAAUGAAGCUGAAAAUGAGUGUUGGAGAAGAGAGAACAAACUUCAUUUUGAGCAAAAGUAUCUUCGUUGUAGUAGCAGGCAGCGAUGACAUAGCCAACACUUACUUUGCCCUUCGAGUUAGAAAAAUCCAGUAUGAUGUUCCUGCCUACACUGAUCUCAUAGCUAACUCUGCUUCCACUUUCAUUAAGGAAUUAUAUGAGUUGGGGGCAAGAAGAAUGGCAGUUUUCAGUGCACCACCGAUCGGGUGUGUACCAUCACAAAGAACACUAGGAGGAGGUAUCCAAAGAGAGUGUGCAGAGGAUCCCAACAAAGCAGCCUUGCUCUUCAACUCCAAAUUAUCUGCACAGUUAGAUAACCUAGCCACUUCCUUACCUAACAGCAGGAUUGUCUACAUUGAUAUCUAUAAUCCUCUGCUUGAUCUCAUCAAAAACCCCACUCAACAUGGGUUUGAAGUGUCGAACAAAGGUUGUUGCGGCACGGGGAAUUUGGAGGUGGCAAUACUCUGCAACCAGAUUGUUUCAGAGGCAUGUCCAAAUGCAUCGAGUUAUGUGUUUUGGGAUAGUUAUCAUCCUACAGAGAAGGGAUACAGUGUACUUGUUAAGCAACUACUCAGCAAAUACUCAAUUUCUUCAGCAGCAGCUUUGUUCAAGGUAUUGUUGUUGAUAUGUGUAUUGGUGGGUGUUUGUUUAAGGAGAAGUGAAGGUGUAAUUAAGCUUCCAGGGAACAGCACAGUACCAGCAGUGAUACUGUUUGGAGACUCAAUAGUGGAUACUGGUAACAACAAUAAGCUCCAAACUCCUGCCAAAUGCAACUUCCCUCCUUAUGGGAGGGAAUUUAAAGGUGGGAUGCCAACUGGGAGAUUCUCCAAUGGCAAAGUCCCUGCUGAUUUUCUAGUGGAAGAACUGGGGAUUAAAGAGCUAUUGCCGGCAUAUCAGGAUCCGAAUUUGCAACCUAAAGACCUACUCACCGGUGUAAACUUCGCCUCCGGUGGCGCAGGCUUUGAUCCUUUGACAUCACAGAUAGCCAUGUGCUAUUCAUUAGAGGAUCAGUUGAACCAGUUCAAAGAAUACAGAGGAAAAGUGACAGGGCUCAUCGGUGAAGCAGGGGCAAGUAACCUUGUAGCUCUGUCUCUGGUUUUAGUGGUAGCUAGCAGCAAUGAUAUUGCGACUACCUAUUUCGAUUCGCGUAUCAGGCAAGCACAUUAUGAUAUCGGUACCUACACUGACAUUGUUGUCCGAUCGGCUUCCGAUUACGUCAAGGAAUUAUAUGGCGUCGGAGCACGAAGGAUCGGCCUUUUCGGUGCUCCGCCACUAGGAUGUAUCCCGUCGUCGAGAACUGUGGCCGGCGGCAUACAAAGAGAGUGUAAUGAUACCUACAAUCAAGCUUCACAAUUGUUAAACUCCAAACUAGCUGCAGAGUUGAGCAUCCUCAAUGACGACUUGCCCGGUGCAACUGUGGUUUAUAUUGAUAUCUAUAACCCUAUACAAGACAUCAUCGAUAACCCAGGAAAAUAUGGGUUUAACAUUGUGAACAAAGGAUGUUGUGGCACAGGACUAAUAGAAGCAUCAGUGUUUUGUAACCAGUUCAGCCCACACACAUGUCCAGAUGAUUCAGGUUAUCUUUUCUGGGAUGGGUUUCAUCCCACAGAGAAGGCUUACAAGAUUCUCACCACGGAAAUUAUCAAGAAUUCUGUCAACCAAUUCUUGUGUGGUGAUACACCCUGUUGAGUUCACUUGAUUGCUACGUACCCUACACAAACCCUAUAUGGCCCCAUUUCCACAUUAUUCAAGACAAAUCUAAUUUCAUGUUAUAUUACUAAAGUUGUCAAAUGUUCAUGUC